AUGUACAAUCCUUACCAAGGUUCCAAUCCUUAUGGACGGCCUCCCGACUUUGGCAGCUUCCCAGGCGCGCCUCCUGGCAUGGGCGCGCCUCCUGGGAUGUCAGCUCCUGGAACAGCCCCCCCUCCAGGCAUGCAACAAGCGAACAUGCAACAGCCCGGCCGCCCAGGCGGGUUUCCAGCCAACUUUCAACCUCCUCCCAACAUGCCGAAUAUCAACUUUUCCGCUCCCGUGAUUCGUCUGGGCACGUCCGGCCCUGCCAAAACAUCGACACCGGAGGUGACGGGACGAGGGCCAGAACAACCGGGUCGGCGUGCAGGUCUGGGUUCUGGGAACGUCGAGUCGCAGCGUCAAACGAUCCGAGAUGCCAUGAUGCAGCUACAACCGCCGACAAAAGAGGAGAUAUUGCGCACUGUUUUUGUUGGCGGAAUCACCGAGGGGACGGGUGGCGACGAUGGAGUUGAGCGUAUCUUGCGUUGUGCAGGCAAUCUGAAACGCUGGAUCCGUGCUACCGACGCUGAUGAUAAACCUUGCAAGUUUGGCUUUGCCGAAUUUGAAGACCCCGAGAGUCUAAGUGUCGCUGUGGAGGUCCUUGGGGAUGUCGAGGUACCUGUAAAGCGACAGAUGCCGCGCGAAGUCGAUGAUGAAAAGGACACCGAGGUGGAAAAAUCGAGGCUUCUAGUUGUAUUUGACGAAGCUACUCUCAAAUAUAUCGAACAAUACCAAGAAUCCAAAGGCGAGGAACAAGACGCCAAACUCCAACCGCGCAUUGAGUCUGCCCGUCAAAAUGUAGCCUCUGUUAUAUCCGACCUAACCCACCCUACUGUCCCCAUUCAGGCCGAAGAUGUAUCGGCUGUCGAUCGUGACGGUGACUUGUCCAUGCAGGAUGCAGAGGGCAAAGAUGGUGAGGUGGUUACUAUCCCAAUAACGGCCGAAGAUGAACUCUCAGAUAUCCCCGCUGAGAUGCGAGAAAACGUUGCCAGAGAAAUCACUGCGUUCCGCGAGAGAAGCAACCGUCGGGAUCUUGAGCGUCUUCGCCGGGAAGAAGAAAUUGAAUCAAUGGAACGCGCUAGGAACGCUGGAGGGCGCAUCAACAGAUUAGCCUCUCCACCACUGUCAGCACCUAGUGGGCCUUCUGGGGGAGCAAACGGCAUUCCUCUCGGUCCACGCGAUCGGUCAAUUGCCAAUGCCCCUUCAGGACCCAAAGGGUUUGGAGUGCAAAUACCCAAGGACUACCAGAAAGGAGUCGCUUUUGUCAAUGGAAGCGGAACUGGCAUUGAUUAUGAAGACGAAGACACAGACGCCAGCGAUGAGGAACUCGAACGACGAAGGCAAAGCAAAAAGAAAGCAGAGGAAGAAAAGCAAUUCUUGGAUCAAGAACGAAGAUGGCUCAAUCGUGAGCGCAGUCGCACUGCAGCUAUUGAACGAGAGAGAAACCGAGACAAGGCAGACGAUGCCAAAUCCGAGGAAGACAAACAAACAAUGGCCAAAUUCCUGGCUGAAUGGGACGACGAUGUUGAGAGUAGUCGAAGGGCCGAGGAAUACUACGCAGACCGUGGAGCUUGGGUUCGAAGCCGAAUGAAUAUUCGCGCCAGAGAGAUCAAAGCCGACGAGGUCGACCGGGCAGCCGAGGAACGUGAAAGGGCCAAAUCUGCCCACCAACGAGAACAGGCACGCGGUAUGGCUGAUGACUUUUUGGCUCGCCAGGCCGAAGAACUGGAGACGACGCGCAAGGAGGCACCAAGAGAGCCACAACGAUUCAAGCUUUCGCUCGGUGCAGCUGCCCAGCAGAAAGCUCAAGCUGCUACUACUCGCCGUACUGUGGCCGAAGUCGAAGGCCUACUGGAGGACGAAGAGGAAACAGAUUCCACCGCCAAGCGCACUCUUGUCCCCAUCAAAUUCGAUUCUGCGGCCGAAGCAUCUGGUCUAUCAGACGAAGAGAGGGCGCAAGCAGCGAGGCAGCUUGCCGCGGAGAUCCCCACGGACAAGGAAGGUCUGUGGAAGUGGCAGGUCAAAUGGGAGUUUGUCGACGAGUCUGUACUUGGAGACCAGCUUAAACCGUUUGUGGAGAAGAAGAUUAUGGAGUAUCUCGGUGUGCAAGAACAGAUGUUGGUGGACGUGGUUGAGGAGCAUAUUCGCAGCCACGGUCACCCACAGGAGCUGAUUGAGCAGUUGGCAGAGGCCCUCGACGAGGAAGCAGAGGUGUUGGUCAAAAAGCUUUGGCGAAUGAUUAUUUUCUUCUCCGAGAGCGAGAAGCGCGGUCUUUCUGGAUAG